ACCGAGGCCAUCCAUCAAAAGAACCACACCAAUCAGCUGCAAAAAUGCUUCCCUGCGGAAAAGGCCCGCCCUCCAAUAUAUCACUCCCGAGGUCAGGAGCAGCCCCUUCGGCUCCGAGCUGACCCUGAGGAGGGCAGAGGCGUCUCGGCGGCGGUGCCGAGGCCACCACCCAGGACAGCUCCCCCUCCCCGGGCCUUUCCACUCUAGCCCGCAAAUCCCCUCGCCUUCUCCACCUCCCGGAUCCGUUAUCCUGGGGCGAAGUGGGAGUAGGCCCGGGGAGGGUGGUUACUGCUGAAGAGCCGCAGUCUCUAUCAAGAUGAUAGAGGUACUGACAACAACUGACUCUCAGAAACUGCUACACCAGCUGAAUACCCUGUUGGAGCAGGAGUCCAGAAGUCAGCCAAAGGUCUGUGGCUUGAGGCUAAUUGAGUCUGCACACGAUAAUGGCCUCAGAAUGACUGCAAGACUAAGGGACUUUGAAGUAAAAGAUCUUCUUAGUCUAACUCAGUUCUUUGGCUUCGACACGGAGACAUUUUCUCUAGCUGUGAAUUUGCUGGACAGAUUCCUUUCUAAAAUGAAGGUACAGCCCAAGCAUCUUGGGUGUGUUGGACUGAGCUGCUUUUAUUUGGCUGUAAAAUCAAUAGAAGAAGAAAGGAAUGUCCCAUUGGCAACUGAUUUGAUCCGAAUAAGUCAAUAUAGGUUCACAGUUUCAGACCUGAUGAGAAUGGAAAAGAUUGUAUUGGAGAAGGUGUGUUGGAAAGUUAAAGCUACUACUGCCUUUCAAUUUCUACAACUCUAUUAUUCACUCAUUCAAGAGAACUUGCCAUUUGAAAGGAGAAAUAGCCUUAAUUUUGAAAGACUGGAAGCUCAACUUAAGGCUUGUCAUUGCAGGAUCAUAUUUUCUAAAGCAAAGCCUUCUGUGUUGGCUUUGUCUAUCAUAGCUUUGGAGAUCCAAGCACAGAACUACGUAGAGUUAACAGAAGGAGUAGAAUGUCUUCAGAAACAUUCCAAGAUACAUGGCAGAGAUUUGACCUUCUGGCAGGAGCUUGUAUCCAAGUGUUUAACUGAAUAUUCAUCAAACAAGUGUUCCAAACCAAAUGUUCAGAAGUUGAAAUGGAUCGUUUCUGGGCGUACUGCACGGCAACUGAAGCAUAGUUACUAUAGAAUAACUCACCUUCCAACAAUUCCUGAAACGGUUCCUUAACUUGCAAAUUUGGUUGUUAUUCUUCAUGUAGAGAAAUUUUUCCAAUGAUAUAAUUUUCUUCUACAAUUGAAAAAUUGCAAUAUUAUUUUCAAACAAAAUAGAGUUGGAAUAGCAAAGGGAAAAAUGACACUGACCUAGUCAGCUAAUAUUUAAAGGCAUUUACUACACAUACGGAGCAACACCCUUAGACAAAGAAAUUAUUCAACCACUGAUAGGUUUGUUUCAUUUAAUGACGAUUUAAUAACCAUUUAAAUUGUCAGCUUAGAAAAUAACAUUAAUAACCCAAAUAGCACUGAAAUAGUACAUUUUUCCCCUAUCAUCUUGCAAUAUGUAGGACCCAAGUUCUGACUCAUUUAAAGUUAUACAAGCCUGAGUAGGAUAAAAGGACCAAAAAUGUGGCCCAUAUUAAAAAUAAUAAUAAUAAUUUGGAACCUGGAUAUCAUACUUAAAGAAAAAGUAGUAUAUGGGAGAUGAUCUCCACAUUGGGAACUUGCCAGUGUUUCAUUGCUAUCGCAGUUGGAACUACUAGAAAGUAAUUAUGUGCAUAAAAAAAUGUAAACUUAGUCACUGUAAAUGUUAUACAGUCUUGCCAUCUAAAUUUCUUAACUCAAUAAUGAUUUAUCUUUUUCCUCUUAAAACUAAAUGUUAAUAUUUAACAUCUAUAUGAUUAUGAAUCUGAGAUGAAUGAUUUACUUUUAAUAGUAAUAUUUAGGCAGACUUUGGCUAAGUUGGAGGUUUUUUGUUCUGGUUGUUGUUUACUUAAAUUCUAUUUCUGUAGCAAUAAAAAACCUCUUCUCUUGAGGCCUUUUUCUCCACAACCCUGAGAUAUGGAUUCCAUAAUGUUAUAAUGAAUUUAAGCUAUGAAACCUAAUAGAAUGAAGAGACUUAUAAAAACUGUCUAAUAGUAUGCUAUAGUAAAAUUAGGUUUAAAGAUUUAAAUUCAUCUGUGAAACAUUCAAAUGAAGCUAAAGGCAUAAAUGUGAAACAGUAAGAAAAAGCUUGAAAAAGAAUUGAAUCUUCAUUUCUUACAUUGAUCUUUCUAUAUGGAUCAGUAGGUUGUAUUUAGGUGGUAUCAAAAUGGUAACCUACUUAAUUAAAAUGUUAAAUUAUGAGGUUUACAUCAAAAAUGAACAUUUCACAAAAGCACUUUAAGGCAAGAUAAGGGUUAAUAAUCUAGGCAAUAUAAGUGGUUUCUUGGCACCUAUAAUGCAAGUAAUAGAUAUUUCAGAGAUGAGGAUUUCAGUGCUAUAUGAGAAUUACAUUUAAGUUUGAGGGCAUUUUAUAUAAAGCAAAAAACAUAGACCUAGUAAGUUUGGCAUAAUCAUUAUCUUUAAUAUUUCUUCUAGAAACAGGUGAUGUUUGUAUUCAUGAUAAAAAAUUUUUACAUAGAAUCUACUGCCUCAGUCGAGUCCCACUGAGAAAAUGUUUCUAUUGUAUUAGUAACUCAAAAUAAAUUAAAACUUUGAAAACUUGCUUUACCCUGUUAAAAGUUCAGUCUAGAUAAAGCACUCCAGAAGUUUUUACUGCAGAAUGUUUUAUACAACUGCCAUUGCUUCUAAUGUAAAAUUUUGUUUAGCCCAUUAUGUCCCAUCAUCCAAUAUACAGGACACCUAUGAAAACCUAUAGAAUUUUAUAGGGCCCCUAUAAAAUUUCUUAAUUUUUAUAGGUAUUCUCUGUGUAGGACAAUGAGAUAUAAUGGGUUCAAAGGAAGAGAAUAUACUUCCACAAAUGUCCCUAUUGUGUCUUAAGAAAAAUAGUAGGCACCUUCAUAAUUAUGAGAGCACUGAGGUGGUGUUCAGUAUUCUCCAGGUCAGCCUGUGAAUGUAAGGAGGCAUACCAUGUUGAAGUGUUGUAAGCAAUGACUCUGUGCAGUGUGCAGCUCAAGUCUAUCUAGAAAGGCUAUAACCAAAUUUGUCAAUGUUAUGGAUAAACAAGCACUGAAAAAUAAACCAAAGAACCACAGUUUAUUUUAUUCUUAAUUUUUGUAAGCUGUGUCAAAGAUAACAUUUCAGUUUUCCCAUAUUUUGAAAACAUUAGUGUUAAUUUUGAGUUGGCAGAGGUAACCUAACCAACUACCAUUUUGUUUGGUACUAAGGAAUAUACCUUUCAAUAAAAAUUAUUGAAAUGCAA